CCGGAAGAGACACGUCUGCGGACUGACACGAAACCGAGCGAAGGAAUAAAGAGGCGGCCGCUGAGCAGAGCAAAGCAGGCAAAAGAGCGUGUCUGGGCAAAGACCCAGGCAAAAAAAGACAAUCACAGCAGCACAAAGGCAACACAUUGCUGCUGCUGCUGGCUGUCUCUCGGUCCCAGCGGGGUGCCCCGUUCUCCCGCAUCACAGCCAACGCCUGGUGCCUCCUCAUCUAAUAGCCCCGAAGCGGCGUGUCACGUGACUCCGAGGCUAGCGGCAUGAAAAGGGAAAGUGACCGAAAGCGGAAGACGGAGCAGGAGAAAUGUGGAGGCAAGAAAAGGAGGCCAGGAGACCUGUGGGACCAGCAUCGGGGCAACGGAAAGGGCAACGGAAGGGCAAGAAAGGGGCAAGAAAGCAGAGAAUGGGCAACAUGGGUCAGAAAGAGACACAGCGCCUGUACCAGCUGGACGGGACGCCGCAGUCGUCGACGACACAGCUCACGGACCCGACGUUGUACUCGAUCUUCGGCGGGCGCAACAGCGUGUACACGGAGAACGAGGACAUUGAGCUGUCGGCGGGCCCGCCGGCAAAGGCCCGGGUGCUUUGUGAGGCCGGCGGCAGCCAGAAACAGCAGCAGAAGCAGAGGCAGCGACAGCAGAGGCCUGCGGCCGUGGGCGUGGCUGCCAACGUGGUCAAGACGUCGGUGUUUGGCGUCGCCCUGUUGGUGCUCUUCGGCAGCGUGCACGAGAGCAACCCGGACAUCAUCCCGGAAUCUCGCAGCGGCAGUGUGCCGGCAAUGGUGUUCGGCUCCUGCGUUCUGGACGUGGCGAUCUGUGCGGUGCUCCACGUGCUGAGACGCCUGGGCUUCGACAGCGCCGCCGCAGGCGGCGCCCCCGCCGGCGGCAGCACGUCCGUGCUGCAGCUGUCGGUGGCGCUCUUGGGAAUCGCCUACUGCUUCAAGAAACUCCCCUGGUCGUCGACACUGCAGGCAGACCUCACGCUGCUGCUGCUGGACGUGUUCUUCUCCCGCUACGUGGGCUGCACGACCGAGGAGGUCCUCACGGCCGGCGUCGUGUCCACCGCGGCCUACGCUUACGACGUCGUUGGUAGCGGUAGCACCUCCUUCGAACUGUCCCUCUGGCGGGCCGCCUUCCUCUUCUUCACCACCGUCGUCUUCAUCAAGCUCCGCAGAUCGGACGCGCUUUUCUAGCCCGUCCCCCUCCCGUCUCCCAUGAUCCCCUUUACGUUUACAAUACCGGUCGCAGCAACGUCUUGUUCCAGGAUAUACACUAUGUAGUCGAACAUACACUUGUGUCAAUACUA